AUGGCGCUGCGUGUGGCAGCGUUCGACCUUGACGGAGUGCUGGCCCUUCCCUCUCUCGCUGGCGCCCUCCGACGCAGCGAGGAGACCCUGGAGCUGCCCAGAGGAUUCCUGACUGAUCUUUUCCAGAAGGAAUGCCCAGAGGGACCCAAUGAGCAACUCAUGAAAGGGAAGAUCACAUUUUCUCAGUGGGCACCACUCAUGGAAGAGAGCUGCAGGAAGCACUCCAAAGCCUCUGGAACCAGCCUACCUGAGAAUUUCUCCAUAAGUCAAAUAUUCAGCCAAGCCAUGGUGGCAAGAAGCAUCAAUGGCCCCAUGCUCCAGGCAGCUAUUGCUCUCAGAAAGAAAGGAUUCACAACAUGCAUCGUCACCAACAACUGGCUGGAUGACAGUGACAAGAGAGGCAGCCUGGCACAAAUGAUGUGUGAUCUGAGCCAGCACUUCGACUUCCUGAUAGAGUCCUGUCAGGUCGGGAUGAUCAAGCCUGAGCCUCAGAUCUACAAGUUUGUACUGGAAACCCUGAAGGCCAAACCUAAUGAGGUUGUUUUCCUAGAUGACUUUGGGACUAACCUGAAGCCAGCCCGUGACAUGGGGAUGGUCACUAUCCUGGUUCGUGACACAGACACUGCUCUGAGAGAACUGGAGAAGGUCACAGGGACACAGUUUUCGGAAGCCCCUCUGCCAGUGCCCUGCAAUCCAAAUGACGUCAGCCAUGGGUAUGUGACAGUGAAGCCAGGGAUCCGCCUGCAUUUUGUGGAGAUGGGCUCUGGUCCUGCUGUGUGCCUCUGCCAUGGGUUUCCUGAGAGCUGGUUUUCUUGGAGGUACCAGAUCCCAGCUCUGGCCCAGGCAGGCUUCCGGGUUCUAGCUAUAGACAUGAAAGGCUAUGGAGACUCAUCUUCCCCUCCUGAAAUAGAAGAAUAUGCUAUGGAAGUGUUAUGUAAGGAAAUGGUAUCAUUCCUGGAUAAGCUGGGAAUCCCUCAAGCAGUAUUCAUUGGCCAUGACUGGGCUGGUGUGUUGGUAUGGAGCAUGGCUCUCUUCUACCCUGAGAGGGUGAGAGCCGUGGCCAGUUUGAACACUCCAUUCAUGCCACCAAAUCCUGAGGUGCCUCCUAUGGAAGUUAUCAAAUCUAUCCCAGUUUUUAAUUACCAACUGUACUUCCAAGAACCAGGAGUGGCUGAGGCUGAACUGGAAAAGAACAUGAGUCGGACUUUCAAAACCUUCUUCCGAGCAAGUGAUGAAAUGGGCUUACUCACUGUGCAUAAAGCCACUGAAAUGGGGGGACUCCUUGUGAACACCCCAGAAAAUCCCAGCCUCAGCAAGAUUACUACUGAGGAGGAAAUCGAGUUUUAUGUCCAGCAGUUCAAGAAGUCAGGCUUCAGGGGUCCUCUGAACUGGUAUCGGAACACAGAAAGAAACUGGAAGUGGAGCUGUAAGGGAUUGGGACGGAAGAUCCUGGUCCCAGCCUUGAUGGUCACAGCAGAAAAGGACAUCGUACUCCGUCCUCAAAUGUCCAAGAACAUGGAAAACUGGAUUCCUUACCUGAAAAGGGGACACAUCGAGGACUGUGGUCACUGGACACAGAUAGAGAAACCUGCUGAACUGAACCAGAUUCUUAUCAAGUGGCUGGAGACUGAAGUAAAGAACCCAUCAGUGACCUCCAAGAUUUAG